AUGGCAGGUGAAGAAAUUAGUGAAGAUUAUCCACUAGAAAUUCAUGAGUAUUUUUUAACAUUAGAGAAUUCCAUUGGUGUUGUGAAUGAGAUGCUCAAGACCAUUAUGUCUGUUUAUAGAAAUGAGUUGUUAAAGAAGUUGGACCCACUUGGACAAGAAAAAGUGGAUUUAGUUUCUGUGUACACAUUAAAUUCAAUGUUUUGGGUUUAUUUGGUAAUUCAAAGAGUUAAUCCUAAGGACUAUCCAGUAAAGCAGGAAUUGGAAAGAAUCAGAUUAUACAUGAACACCUUCAAAGAAAUAACAGACAAGAAAAAGGCUGGCAAGCUGGACAGAGGUGCAGCUUCAAGAUUUUUAACAAAUGCCCUAUAG